UUAAUUAUUUUGCAGUAUUGCUUUGGUUAUUCGGAAAAUUGUUACUCGAAAAAAAAAAAAAGAAAAAUCAACUCAAAUCGUAAACUAUUUUGAAUAAUCAUAAACUAUUUUGAUAAUUGACGUAUUGAUCAUUGUAUGCAUUAUAAAUUGCGUUAAAGGCAAAAGGUAUAUUUCAAUGGGUGUAUUCGCGUUUAUUAUUCAAAGCGGAGCACCUCAGUCGAACACCGAUCAGCUCCGCUAUGUAUGAGAGCGCGCGAAACUUGGGAAAUAUGUUUCUUGACACAUAUACACUGGAGAACCGUACCACUUUCUGACAUAUAACAGUAGUAUAUGCGGCACACGACGAGUAGAUGACGGUUUCUUUCUCUCUCUCUCUCUCUCUCUCUCUCAUAGAAAUACAAGAGACAUAACGGUCUCUUCGCCUGUUGUCCCAUCGUGUUACGAAUACGUGCGUAUCCGAAUCAUGCGCGUCCAAAAAAUCUGAUUUAGUUACGCGUGCGGGAUUUAAAAAGCCAUGCUACCGAGUAUAUUGCCAUUUGCAUUUGUUCACGAAUUCGAGACGCGUGCCUCCCUGGUUUGCACGCCGCUCGUGCGUCCAGGCGAGACGGCUUAUGAACCGACCGAGAUUAUACCAGGAAUACUAGGUAACGGGGACAUCCUGUAAGGAUAAAUUCAGUCUUGGUUAAUCAUUCCAGAAGAAGUCGACACUCGCGCGUGUGACUUCUCGUAUAAAAAUUCAUUCAUAGUUAAUAAUAUUAAAGAAAUAUAAUUUAAAGUAAUGAUAAUGAGAGGAAAGAAAGAGCACAAAAAUUAUCUUUAAAAUAUUUACAACUUCAAAAAAACUAUUCGCUAUUUUAAUAUAGAAGUGAUAAGCGAUCAGAUACGAUGAAGAAAAAUAAUUGCAAAGUGGGAGAUGAGAUUGAAAUGUUACGGGAGACUCGAUUCGUCAGUGGAAGCACUUACGAAGGGUCGUGGAAUGCCAUUGAAAAAACCGGCGUCGGCAGAUAUGUCACACCUUACAAAGUUGUAUUGGAGGGAGAAUUUCGGAAUGGCAUGCUUCAUGGUUGCGGAAGUAUGUAUUGGCCACGUGGACAGGUAAUGGAUAGUACCUGGAAUCAUGGAAAAAUGGAACAAAAGCGUUAUACGUUUGCGGAUGGUUUAUCAUAUCGAGAAGAUAAAUGGGAUUAUUGUACAUUUCCUGAUCGGCGAUUUUACAAUUGCAUAGUAAACGGACUGAGACCAGCCAAAAAAGUAUUGAAAAGUAAUGAUCAACCAACUAAAAUUAUUCCUCCGUUCUGCUACGAUACUGGUAUCGGUAUAUUCGAUCCAGACAAGAAUUGCAUAAAAUCAUAUCGUAAUUGCAAAAAAAUAAUCAACAUUCCAACGAGUAUAGAAAGUAAAUGGAUCAAGGAAAAUUGCCGAAAAGGCUGGUCAGAACCGACAGGUCAUCAAAAAUGGUUAUGUGAAUACUGGCAAUCGGGAGCGGCAGAUUUUGCAACGUUACCGCACAUUUCGUCAGAAGAUGAAACGGAAAAUUGGUGGCAAAGACUGACGAAAUUUGCCAGACAUGCGCCAGACGAAGUGAAUAAAACACAACUGCGUUAAAAAAUGUCGUUAAACUAUUAAACAAUAUAAGGGA